AUGCAUGCGAUCAAAGGCAAAGUGACUAUUCUUGACUCGCCUGUUAAAGGAGAAAGCACCAUUCUUGUGCCAUCGGAUUCAGAAGGCACUCCAGGCAGACCACCGAAGGAAUGCAAGCAAGAUUCAGAAUCAGAAAACUCUCAUGAAUGUAUGAAUACUACUUAUUCUGACAACUCUAACACUGAUAGCGACCUGGGAAAAGGUAAACGAGAGAAUGUUUCCCCAACCAAAUUAACACCUGAGGUUUGGGAAGAUGUUCCUAUUACAAAAUACACAACUCUCCCACCUGACAUUGAUGGAAACUCAGUUUACGAGUUACCAUUUGAUGCAAAUUAUCGCAUGCAUUUUUCUGUUGACGGUUGUAAAUGGAAGAGAUAUAUGCCCUCUAAACGUUUUGGAUUUAAAGGGAUGUGUCGACUAGCCCACUGUGCAGGUUUGUUCCUAUCGCUGUCAUACAUGUCCUGUUGUCAUAAAAAAGAAAUCCGAAUCUGCUGUUGCUGCUCUCAAGAAAAAGUUUGAAGCCAAUCCAGCAAUGAAGCCUCAAAGAGCUGUUAAUGCAUUAAUUUCAGAAGCAAUUAAACAUGGUCAAGCAUGGGAUGAAAUCGAAUAUUUAACUGACACUCUUCUUAACAGCAGCUUGCCGAAAAAUGUCAAACAGAAAGUGUGCAAGGAACUUCACCCUGACGAACACAGUUUUGAAGCCGUUCAGAUACUCAAAAAUUUGCUUGACAAAAAGACCCGCUUUAUAUAUUCAAAGUGA